UCACUCCAAUUUUUGAAAUGGAAGACGAAGAAUGGGAACUCUGCAACGACGACGGCUUCGUCUACAAACGCAAGCGCCGCCGAAUCGAUGCUUUGCCGCCGCCGCCGUCGGAGGCGGACGAGGAAGCCGCGGAGAAGCGGCGGAGAGAGCGGAAGAAACAGACCCUGUUGAAGCUGAAAGCAAAGUACGAGAAGGAGAUUCUUCAGUGGGAAUCAUUGUCGAAUACAUUGACCUCAAUUCAACAACGCACUUCUCUUAACCCUAAACCUCAACCUCAGCCUCACCAAACCCCUUCACUUCCUUCCACUUCUUCCUCAACCGAUUCCGCCGGUGCCUCCCUCCUCUGUGACCUUCUCCAGCAGGUGGAAGCACAGGGAGCAAUCAUUCGAGAUGUUACAAAUUUAUGUGACUUAGCAGAAGCAAUGUGCGAUAAAAGGGAAGAACAGUUUAAACAAACCUUGUUUGAUCUUCCGAUUUGGGCUUCACCACUUGACCUCAUGCAAGUUUUAUGCGAUGAUUGAAGGGGUUUCUCUACUGGGUUACUCUCUUGGUAAUGGAUGUGAAGUUGGAAAGGGUUGUCUUAUACAGUUCAACAACUCCAGUUUCAUUAUUUGUAACUCUGUAGUACAUUGUGUCAUGUAGAUUAGAUCUUUGGCAGAUUGGUAAAUAGUUUUAGAUUGAUUGAUUGUGUUUAAAAGAGUAUCAAAAUAUUUGGUUUGAGUCAUGCAUUUGGAAUGACCCUGUGAUGAAUUCAUGUGGUGGGAACUGAGAAGGUGGACUCCAUCAAGUUUCC